CAGAAGAGACACACGAGUCACAUCAUACAAGUCGGACACUUAGAGAAAGGACCAGGAACCUCUGCGAAUUCAAACCAGAGGACGAGAGGAGCUGACAAGGUGCUACAAAGAAAAAGGGAUUCUGACAUGCACUGGCAGAAAUCACCGAAGGAGAAGCCGUGUUACACUCUUCCCACAGUGAAGAAACUCCUGGAGCAGAAGAGGAAGAGGGAGACCUCCUCGACGGCAACAACCAGUACCGGUGUCUCCACUGCCACUGUCCUCUCCCAACAGGUGUCAACACCAGAGAAGUCUACCUCAACAGGUGUAGCCAGCAGCUACUCAGACAUGGCAGUGGGGUAUGAGAGAUGGGGUCCUAUGGAUGAGCACCAAGCCCUCUCGGCCAUACAUGAAGGUCCAUUCUCCCCUAUGGGGAAUAAUUACUUCUCCAGCCCAUCCUCCUCAAUGGACUACAGCCAAACUCCGGCCUACAGCACUCAGAUAGCCUCCAGCUACAGCACACAGCAGAUGCAGGACUACCCAGACACCAGGAUGCCUCAGCAUUAUACAGAGUGUCCAGUGACCGAGGCUGUGUCUAGUUUGGUUCCUUCUGGGCCACUGCAGACCGCUGUCUUCUCCUGGUCGUCGGGGGCCCUGGGCCCCACAGAGCUUGUCCAGCAGGUGUUUAGUGGCCAGAUGGAUGUCAUUAAGCUGGAGGAAGCCAGGAUGUUCCUCAGAGGGAUGGACUACAGCAGAACCACCUGGCAGGAUGACGACGGAGACACGAUUCUGCACAUCUAUACAGCCAAGGGCCUGAGGGAGUAUGCAUUUGCUGCAGCAGAGAGGCUUGCUGAGCUGGGCAGGCUAGACUCCAAGGAACACAAGGGGAAGUCUGCUUUGCUGGUGGCGGUGACUGCUAACCAUCCUGAAAUCGUCCAGGAUCUGUUGUCUUUAGGAGCGGAUAUAAAUGCCUGUGAUGUCAAAGGUCAAACAGCACUUCAUCUUGCUGCCACCUAUGGCUUCCCCAGGGUUUUGCAGGUUAUUCUCUCUAUUGGGCCUGGAGUGAACCUGGAGGCUCGCAAUUUUGAAGGUCUGACUCCUCUGCACUGUGCAGCCAUCUCCCACAGUGACACCAUGAAGACUCUCUCCUCCCUCUCCUCCACCGGGCUGGGUGAUGCCAGCCUCCAUGCCCUGGCAGAGGAGAAGCUCUCCUGGCUGCAGAUGCUACUUAACACCGGAGCCUCCCUGACCAGCCAGGAAAUCAAAAGUAACAAGACUGUUCUUCACCUGGCUGUGAAGGAGGGGAACAUCCAGCUGGUUCGCCAUCUGCUGAAGACCCCCCUAGACAACAUGAGGGACUUUGUCAACAUGAAGGCCCAUGGUCAUACCGCACUGCACAUGGCUGCUGGUCUCCAUGGCAGCCCACACCAGGAGGAGAUGCUGAGGCUGCUGCUGAGUAGAGGGGCCGACCCCAGCAUCCGCAACCUGGAGAACGACCAGCCUGCACACCUGCUGCAGAGUGGACCCCACGGGGAACAGCUCAAGCUCAUCCUGAAGAAGCGAAGUGCUUCCUGUCGUCGACGUGUAAUGUCCUUACAGGACCAAAAGUGACCCGGACUACUUUUUAUGUCCCUGUGUAUCCCUCCACCUCUUUUCAAAGGAAGUACUGAAGGUCUGCACUGUAGGUUGAAUCUAGACAUCUGUACUUCCAAGAGGGAGGGAUUCUAGCGUAUCUUCAUGUGAGGAUUUUCAAACACGGCAAAUCUCUAAUAUAUACUAGGGCAUUCACUUUGAAACUAUAUGUUUGAUUGACAUGAUUUUGGUCACUAUCUGAAUUCAGUUCUGAAUUUAAUAAUGGCUAGCUAGUGAUGAGCAAUGGUAACAGGUGGUAUUCCAGUCCCCCCUGACAUUACUGUCACUCAGUACAACCUUGAUUUCUAUGAAAUCGUUGACAUUAUAUUCAAGCUGCACAGACUCAUUGUGUGAGUACCCCCCAGCCGGGAAGCCCUCUUUAGAGGUAUAUCUGAGGAGGGUUUCUGGGCUCCCACCCCCACUCAUUCUCUUGUCAAAACUUCCCACCAUGGUUAGAAAUCAUAUUGGUUUGUUGAAAGGUGGUUGUUGUUUCACUAAGCAUGUGACACAGUGUACCAUUGUGCUCAUGCUUUCAAUGUCUUUUAUAACUUAACUUGGUCUUUUCUUUUUAUAUUUGAUAUACUCACAGCGCUCAUUGAAUAGCUAAUAUAUUGUCAGUAUGGAAAAAGUACUCAAAAAUCAUGCUUGAAUAAAAGUAAAGAUACCUUAAUAGAAAAUGACUCAGGUAAAAGUGAGUCACCCAGAAAUAAAAUACUUGAGUAAAAGUAAAUAUACUUAAGUAUCAAAAGUCAAUUGAAUUGCUAACAUUUGUAUUUAUUUAUUUAAAAAAAUGUUUUUACGGAUAGCUGGGGGCACACUACAGCACUCUGACAGUAAUUUACAAACAAAGCAUGUGUGUUUAGUGAGUCCGCCAGAUCAGAGGAAGUAGGGAUGACCAGGGAUGUUCUCUUGAUUAGUACGUGAAUUGGACCAUUUCCCUGUCAAAAUGUUUGGUUGUCAGAAAAAAAGUAUGGAGUAAAGAGUACAUUACUUUCUUUAGGAAUAUAGUGAAGUAGUCAAAAAUAUAAAUAGUAAAGUACAGAUACCCCCCAAAAUGACUUAUGCAGUACUUUAAAGUAUUUUUACUUAAUUAAUUUACACCACUGUAUAUUGUCUCAUUCAUACUAUGACUUAUGGAAAGAACAUUUUAUAUUUAAAGGGAAUAUGUUGAUAUUUGCAACACAUGCUAUAUAAAAUUAGAUAACAUGUCAACAGUGUAUACAAUGUAGUACCAGUAGUAUGUAUUUCUUAAAAGUCAUUAUAGGAGGAGUAUUUCAGUUAUGACUCGUUUCACCUUCAACCAAUCAGGUAUUUUCAAACAUGACUCAUGAUUGAAAAUACCACAACAUAUUUUGUGGUGACAAGAAAACAUCCAUCACUUAUUCCUUUUAUGACUGUUUUUUCUUCUUUUUAAAUCUCCAAUGAGGUAGCAUGCAUGUGCCCUUUGAAAUAUUGCUGUAGUGAAUAUACCACUUCAUCACUGCCAGUGGAGAUAUGACACAACAUUUUCCCAAACUUAUAGAAGAGAUUAUUUUCAAAUGUGAUUUCCCCUAGUUUUGGCACCUGGGCAGUCUUAGUCUAGGAACAUACAGAGAUGUACUUUGUAUGUUCCUCGGUCUAAAUCAUAGGUGACUUAACAUUAGUUAUCCUCCCUCAUGUUAUCAUUUCAAAAUAGUACUAGAGAAUCUGUUGAUUUUGGCUGCUUGGUUCCAUUUGGCUCAAAGUUUCUGGACUAUAUACUACUUAGACCAUUUGUAACAGUGUAAUACUGCUGUUACUUUUCACUGAAUGUAUCCUUCUGAUUUACUGAAUUGCCUGAUUUACUGAACUUAAAGCUGGCAUUAAAUCUGUUC